AUGCCGCAGCUCCCUGAUGGCACCUUUGCGUCGGGUGCGAGAUGGUUCGCCUUGCGGGGCCGGCCGAAGAACCACACCGAGGAAUUCUGGGCCACGUAUGACGGCUUUGGUGGCGUUGCCAUAGCCUUCCAGGAGCAGGAAACCGGGAUCACACCGCUGCACCGCGCAGCUGCCUUUGGCUGGCCACAGCAGGCGCAGUUUCUCCUGGCACGAGAUCCGGCAUGCGCCAGAAGCAGGCAACAGCAAGGGAUGCACUCAAUAGACAGGCCGUGCCAGCACCAAGACUAA